CGGCGGCGGGGACGGCAACAGCAGUCAAGAUGGUGGCAAAACAGCGGAUCCGGAUGGCCAACGAGAAGCACAGCAAAAACAUCACGCAGCGCGGCAACGUGGCCAAGACCUCGAGGAACGCCCCCGAGGAGAAGGCAUCGGUGGGGCCGUGGCUGCUGGCGUUGUUCAUCUUCGUGGUUUGCGGUUCGG